UUGAGCAGGAACCGCCUCUGAGUGUACCGGCUAGAUAUCUGAGUAUUCGUGUGUGGAAGACGCACGGUUCAGUGACAAAGGGGGAAUUAUCCUUUUAAAGAAUUUGUUGUUUUACACGUCGUAGAGAUGGGUCUACCCGACUAUUCCAAUUACAUAGUUUUCAUUUGUUGAGGGGACUAUGUCAACCACAGCAUCAGGAGCUCGGCGUUUGGACAGGUGUGUUACCUGUGGCUGGCAGCUACAGAGAAGGGGUUGGCUUAGUAUAUUCGUUUCACGUCUCCUUCCGGCACAGAGCGCUCUGACGAGGUGACCAUACACACACAGAUUGUGGAAAGUGGAGGUACAACAUUCCUGAUGAGCUUGUGGGCUGUCUAUUUGUCACCAUGGCUUUACCGAGAGUUUCUAGCCAGUGCACCGUUUAAAUAGACUGAUUGUUAAACCUCGUCGGCACACAUUAAAUCCAUACUUUUGGAGGGAAACCAAGCACGCCACGUCUGGAUCACUCAGAAUUGCCUGGUUGAUUGGGCACAGCGUUCUCCAGUGCGGGGGCACUGACGCAUUGUGGAGUCGACGGGUUGAACUGCCAAACCGGCUGCGCUACAGAGGGACGGCUCGAUGUGCGAAACCGCGAUGGCCGUGGCUCAGCUGGAUACGGACGACCACCAACCGGAGAAUGGCUUCGUAUCACCCGAAACAUCGUCUCCGGCUUUGCUAUCGCGCAUUGACGGCUGCGUCUUGCCAUUUCUCGGGGGAUUUGGAAAAUACCAAAAGCAACUCAUUGUCCUGACAUGGAUCCCGGCAUUGUUUAUAGGGUUCAGUCAAUUCUCUGACAGUUUCCUCCUCGCUCAACCGAACAACACAUGUGUUCUACCGACGAUAAACAGCUCCAAUUUGACAUUGAGUCCUUCCUCAUUAUUUAAUGGUCAAAACAACAGUGGCGUGAGAGCUCCGUAUUUAUCAAACGGCACGCGCCACCACAACAACACGGACGAUGCUCACUGUAAGUGCACACAGUGGAGGUACGAAAUGCAAAUGGGACUUCGGGAGAAUGUAGUCACAAAGUGGAACUUGGUGUGUGGUUCCAGAAGGAAGGUCCACAUCGCAAAGUUCUCCCUGCUGGUGGGCUCCAUCUUCGGGUAUCUGGUGAUGGGUAUCCUCGCAGAUUGGUUCGGGAGACACCCUGUCCUGAUCAUCUCGGUCCUCUUCAUGCUGGUGUUUGGUCUCACCGUGGCCUUCUCGGUCAACGUGCCCAUGUUUAGCACGCUACGCUUCUUCGAGGGCUUCUGUCUGGCCGGGAUCUCCCUCUCCCUUUAUGUCCUGAGGAUCGAGCUCUGCCUACCGGGCUGGCGCUUCUCCAUGACGAUGGUGGCAAACUUUGUGGUGCUGGGAGGCCAGCUCCUGAUGCCAGGCUUGGCAGCGCUGUGCCGUGAUUGGCAGGUCCUGCAGGCUGUCAUCAUCUGUCCCCUGCUCCUGAUGCUCUCCUACAUCUGGCUUUUCCCAGAGUCCCUGCGCUGGCUGUUGGCCACUCAGCAGUUCUGUCGCUCCAAAUGGCUCAUGGCUCGCAUCGCCAAAAAGAACAAAGCCAAUCUGGAGAGGGACGCAGACGAGCUCCUGACAGAGUUGCACCAGGCCCUGCAGAAGAAGCCCAAGAAGACCUGCAUUGUUAAAAUGGUGGGAACCCGCAACCUGUGGAAGAACAUCGUGGUGCUCUGUGUGAACUCGUUGACGGGCUAUGGCAUCCACCACUGCUUUGCGCGUAGCAUGAUGUACCAGGAGGCGCAGGAGACCACCAUGUUCCACAACUUCUACGCCGACUACUACGUGAUGGCGGGCAUCGCCGUGGCGUCGUGCAUCGCGCUGUGCCCGGCCGUGGGGCUGAUGGGCCGGCGCGGGGGCCUGCUCAUGUUCAUGAUCAUCACCGCCCUCGCCUCGCUGCUGCAGCUGGGCCUGCUCAACUUACUGGGAAAGUACAGCGUCCAACUGAACAUAGAGCGGUCGGACACGCUGAAGACCAACUUCUCGGUGGCAUUCUCCAUCAUUGGCAUGUUUUCCUCCCACGCAGUCAGCAAUCUGAGUAUCUUUUUCUGUGCAGAGAUCACCCCCACAGUUAUCAGGGGUGGAGGCCUGGGUCUGGUGCUGGCCAGCGCGGGGUUCGGCAUGCUGACGGCCCCCAUCAUGGAGCUGCACGACCAGAAGGGCUACUUCCUGCACCACGUCAUCUUCGCCUGCUGCACGCUCAUCUGCAUCAUCUGCAUCCUGCUGCUGCCCGAGACGCGCUACCAGCCGCUGCCCGAGACGCUGGCGGACGGCGAGAGCUACACGCGCCAGCCGCUGCUGCCGCCGCGCAAGCCCGGCGAGCAGCACUUCCUGCUGACCAAGUCGGACAGCCGGGACUACGCCCGCGUGGCCGACACGCCGCUGCACGAGGCCGCCGCCACCGCCGUGUCCACCAUGGACUCCACGGCGUCGUCGGCCGUCGACAUCACCCUGCCCUCGCACCACGUCGAGGAGGAGGCGGCGGCCGGCCAGGCGGCGGCCGGCCAGGCGGCAGCGGCAGCGGGCGAGGGCACGGCGGCCGUCGGCGUCAAGACGGAACCCGUCGCCGCGGGGGACGCCGAGCCGUGCGGCGCAGUGCCACCCGCCGCCGCAGGGCCUGCCGAGGCUGCUCUCGCCCCGGCCGCUCUCGCCCCGGCCGAACGCGCUGCCGAGGAGCGUCCCGCCGAGGAGCGUCCGGCGGAGGACGAGUCGGAGCCGGUCCGGCUGGCGUCCGUGGAGCCCGAGUUCCCCCAGGACAGCAGCACGCCCCUCCUCACGAGCUCGGCCAGAGCUCCCAGAGCCGGCUCUCCCGUGCACCCCGCGGCCCCCAGCCUCAUCCCUGACCUCUCCACCGCCCCUCCCGACGCGGAUGCCCCCGUGUCCCCCGCAAAAAUCGAACCUCCCCCUGCUGCCCCCAUAGUGGACUCUGUGCCAGCUGUGCCGGCCGUGCCCGAAACGGAUCCCCCGUGUCCAGAUUUAAUCGAUUCCUCCUCACCCCAGCCAGUGGCCAGUGCCCCUCUCGUCGAUGUCCCUCUCGUCGAAGCCCCUCUCGUCGAUGCCCCCUCCGCGGCCGUCGAGAGUUUUCCCGCUCCUGUGGCCGGCGACGACGUCCUUCUGCCUGACACGGAAGCCGAUGUUUCCUUCGUGAACGACACCACAGCGCCCCCGGCGGUGGACACGGCAUCCCCUGAUUUAAUCGAUCCCGCCUCGGCCCCCGCGGUCAACGACCUCCUCGCCCCGACUCCCCCUCCCCCUCCCGUCUCAGACUGUAGCGCCUCUCCUGCGGUCGACCCCGCGCCUCUCCCCCUAGUGGACUCCCCCGUCCCCCCUUCCAUAGACAGUUUGCCCGUCACCAUUCCGCCUGUCCCCUCCUCCUCCUCUCCUCCCGUGUCAAGAGACUCCAUCUCUCCAUCCGUCAUACCUCCUACACCGAUGGACUCUGCCACCGCGCCGGUCACUACCGCUCCCUGUCACGCAGGUGCUGCUACCCCCGCUCCUCCCCUGCCCGCGGAGGACUCGACCACUCCUCUGCUGACGCUAGACGCUGUCCAAGACCUCACGGUGGACACAGCCGCGGCCUCUCCUCCGGGGACGCCCCCGUCCUUCAGCAUGGACUGCACCGUCUCCUCGCCCAUAGACUCUGGCCUUACAGCUGCUGAUGCCGCCACUGCCAACGGAGUGGCGUCCUCAUGAUAGCCCGUUGCCCUCUCUCUCUCUCUCUCUCUCUUUACACAGGAGACUAGCCUUCUCUCUCCCUCCCCCCCAACCCAAGUGGUCUUGACACAGGAGGGGACUGAGAUGUCGUCACGGGGACCAGGGGGGGUGGGGGGGAAGGGUCAUCAAAAUAGCCAGUUCUGAGCUUCCAGUGUGCAACCAAUGAGCUGCUCUCCCGACGGAGGUUCACCCGGAAAGGGACAGGAAAACUUGAGGAGGGAAGUUGGGAAUCAUCCACAAGUUGGAGCAUCUCCUUCCCUCCUCCAAAAUGGAGUGACUUGACACUCUGGUUACUGUGAUUGGGCUGCACUGGUGUCAGUCAGUUAAAUCCAGGUUACUAUUGGCACAUCAAAGACCUGCUUGUUGAAAAUGAAGGAAAGUCCUAAGCUGAAAGCUGUAUAGCAACCAUUUGUGGCCACCAUUUGAAUAGUGCCAAGAGACCUUAACAAUACACCAUAGUGGAUUUAAUUGGAACAAACAAAAAUGCAGAAAAAAGGUAGUGAAGUGUACAAAAUUAUGUGAUUUAUUUUAUUAGUAUUAUUAAUAUUAAUAUUAUUUGGUGAGCAACAAGAAAAAAAGAUAGCAGCUUUCAAAAAGUACACGAGUAAAACCAAACAACAAAACCAAGGUGAUAUGCAGCAGCCCAAAAAAAAGGACACUACUUUUAAAGGGAAAGGGUAAGGGGGGUUCACUGCCGUGUCUUAGGACAUGAAAUGGUGAAGGGAAAAAAAAAGAACUCUAUGAUGUUUGGAGGUAGCAUUGAUCUAACACAUUUGUGGACCUCAAGUUUCAAACUGCGUGUGCUGCCGUGUGUGUGUGUGUUCCAAAGCUUCUCUAGAGCCACACCCAGGAAUGACUAGUCUGCCAUGCCCAUGCAAGCCUAAAACAAAUAGAGCACGUUCCUAACACUGUUUACUCCCUCUGAAGGAGCUGAAAUGAUGGGUUUAGGUGAAGGAAAGCUGUGGAUUCCUCAUGAAGGACUGUUUCAUACAUGUUCGUAUUUUUACACUGGAACUUUCUUACAGUUUGUUGGGCCAGUGUAUGCAAUUGAAUUCUUGUGAAUGUGGUAACCUUGGUAUAAGAACCUGUGUACUGUAUGCUGUUGUGCUACCAAUGUUGAGCUUGAGUACAAAAAAAAAAGAAACAAAAAUGUAUUUUGCAACUUUAUCUUUUAAAUGGCCUGCCCCUAGUGCAUUACACCAAGGGACUAUGUUACCAUAUCUGUGUGAAUGUAAGUGGCACUUUAUCUUUCACAACAUUUUGCAACACAGCAUGUAACCGUGAAAAGAAAAUGUGAAAUUUUCCCUCACAGCAAAGAAGUGACAGAAGUGAACAUUAUUUUCAAAGACUCAAAGAAGUUUGUAUUUAGCAUCUGUCAGUAUAUGUGUCACAUUUUGAAAACAUGAUUGCCAGAUAUGGAUUUAUGUUUAUAUACCAUAGCAUAUAUAAACCACAUAUCUAAGUACUUCUCAUAUAUGCCAUAAUAUAUGUACAUAAAGAUGUACUUGAAGCAGCAAUAAUUGGUGUGUUUACAAAAUGUGACUGACAUAUAUACUGACAUAUAUUUAAGUACAAUCCAACCUCUGUUUUAAUAUAUUAAUAUCUAUUAAUAUAAAGUACUUAUUUCAUUGUGUAAAUGAUGGUGGAACUGAAAAGAGGGCUGGUGUACUUGUGAUUUCCUGAUUUUGAUACGUUAGAGAAAAAAAAAACAAUUAUGAAUGUGCUUAUUUUUGAAAAUCAAAUUCUGGUGGCCAUGUACCAAAAUCUGUGAUUUGUUGGUGAUGUCUGCUGAUCUGCUUUGCCAGAGGGCGGAUUGCAGAGCAGUGUGCCAUAGUCACAGUUUACAGUAGUCCGUUCAUGUGGGCAGCAGAGGGGUUCCAUUGAAAACACAAUGUGACCGAACUCAGUGUUGUCAUAAUCAUUUCAGUGCUUAGUCCACUCUCUGACCAUUUUAGUGAUCGCCAUGGAAUAGCCACGGGGAAAAACGACUACAUAUUUUGUAAUAUUGAGAGAUUCAGUAUGUGGUAACUGUGUAAUCAUGUAAUGCUAACAGUUAGGUAUUGCAGUGACCGAUGUAGCUUGGUGUUUUAUCACUUCAGUUUGUGUUAUUCAGUGAGCAAUGUCAGCUAGUUUUGGCACAAGCCAAUGACAACUCUGAGUUAGAAUAGAUGUAUUGUUAAAAAGACAGAAUGGCUAUUUUUUAUGCAACUGACAGACUUGCCGACGAAAGGCCAAAGCCACACCCGUAGGUCAAGUAUUACCAGUACACUUCUCAAGUGGAUUGCAGUGCAUUUACCUUAUUGUGAGAACUAUACAAUAAUAAAAUGACGAGCAGCACACUGAAGAAGCCAUGAUUUCAAGACAAACGGCGAGAGCCCUGAGGAGAUAGCCCAGACGUCUCUAGCUUUAGCAUCAGGCAGUUUGAGCCAACGCCUGGCCCACCAUCACUCCAGUGGCUGUGGACUUACUCUAGAUACCUGGAAGAGCUAGCUAUUGACUCAGGUUGCAUAGCAGCUGUGUGAUGAAAAAAAGUGCCCUUUGAUUACCAAGCACUCUCUUUACUAGAUGGGUGUUGUUGUUUUCUUUUUGUAAAUAUUCCCCUCCAUGUAGCAGAACCAUCUGUCUAGAAUGUGCUCUCUCUCACUGCAGCAAUACAUGUUUUUUUGUUUUGUUUUGUUUUGUUUUUAUCAUGACGAAAUCAUGUAAAGCCUACGAAGCACAUCAUUUCUUAUUGCUAGGGGGGAAAUAGUGCCAGUCCCAGAGCAGGCCUGACAGUCCUGUACUAUCGUUGUAUCCUAGACAGCACUACAUAGUGAAAAGGUGCUAGUACGCAGUCCCUCGGCUACUGAAAUAAUCGCCAUUGGAGACUGCCGCAGGGUUACCAGCCAUAUAUCAGCAAAACCACUUGAACCUGUUCAUCCAGGAGAGAGGUAGUAGAGCCGCGAAUGAUCAGAUGAAUGUGUUGGAGACGUGGAUGAGCUUCCCUUCAAGCCUACGGCAUAGUUGUCUCUCAUUGUCGGUGCAAUAUGGCACGACAUGCUCAUAAUAACCAAAAUGUAACCAAACUAACCAAGGCUCACACACACACACCUUAUGAUCACACCUUUCAAAAAGCAGAGGGUUAUUCGCUUAGUGCCCCAUAUAGGUGCAACCAUAUCACCGGUUGCACAAAUUGAGUUGGACGGCCCAUAACAAAAAGAACACACUCCAAGAAUGUACCUCAAGCUGAGGAGCUCCACAGAAUGACCACUCCAGGUACACCCUGACCCCGAGAGGGAAUGAGAGCACAGAGUGUGAGUGAAGUGAAUGUAAACCACUGAUGGCUCAUGUUUCAAUGCCCUUGUAUGUUUUUGUUUUUCUUUUCUUUUUUUAACACAGAUAAUGCACUUGUACAUAAGCCAUACAUGCUGUUGUAAUAAACUUCACUAUUUAUUGAUUACCUACAAA